AUGGCGGUCAAUCAACAUUUAUAUUCAUCGGACGAUGACUCGUCCAGCCCAGCCCGCCCCCCUCAUGCCACUAUCGACACCCUCCCUUUAUACCGUCCGAACAUGAACGAUUCGGACGGCUCCGAUCUCGAGGCUCUACCAUCACCCCCUUCAAAGAUUAGAACCACUCAGCCCACUCAGAUUCUGCCGCAUCCCCACCCAUCCUCCCCGGACAUGCCCUCUUCUCCUCCAAAACGACCAGUCGUCCAAGUCGCCGCUUCUUCUCCCUCUGCUCCUCAUGCUACAACUCGUAAACCUGGUGGCAUUCUAGCCAGUCUCAUGGCCCCGGCUGGAACCACGUUCCGUCGACCUCUGGCUCCACCUCAACCCAAGAAGAUGACUCCAAUCACAAUCGACAGCGAUGAUGAUGGUCCUGUCUACGGCGGCAGCUCAUCUGAUGAGAGCGGGUCUCGCCCCCCAAAGAAUGAUAUCAAGGCUUCCACGUUUCGCAGCGCUGGACAUGCAGACAAGAUCCUUGAAUCUCCUACAGGUCAGGCUGAUGCUCUUGGUAGAUUCAGAAGCAUCACCGCCAAUUCUAUGUAUGUUCCCUCGCCAAACUCCUCUGUCACAUCUACAUCCUCCAAACGUUCGGCCGAUCUCAAUGCUUCCGCCUACGGCAACGUCUCCAAGAAGCCACGCCAAACCAUGCCUUCUCGAGCAAUCCCUGUCUCACCUCCAAAGGAGCCUCCUGUCUUUUCCGUCGAUGACAUUCUUGAUUAUAACAUGCGUCAAAAGACUAAGCGACUCUCUUCGAUGAUCCAGGGACUUUCUGAGCGAGAGUGCUAUGGAAUCCUCAAGGCUAAAGGGGGGAACUAUGACGACGCUGCCGCAGCAGCCCUCCUCCUGAGCGAGAAAAGACACCCAGCCACUCAGAAGCAAUCUGCCCAUCUAACGAUCUCAGAUGAUGAACUCAUGCCUACCCCGGCUGCCAUUACCAAGAGAUCCAAGGUUGAUCCGGUCGUCCCUACUCGACAGCAAGCCAAAGCACCGCAAAAGUCCAUUGCAGAAAAAUGGAACGCUAGUCAGCAUUUUCGAUCGGACAGGAUCAUCAACGUCUUUGAUACUCCCCAACCUCAGGCCAAGAAAAGGACUCUAAUGCGUGGAAGAAAGCGCACCCCGUCUCCAUCUUCACCGUCUCAAGAGCACAAACCUGCACUACCAGCCAUCCAGGUCAUCGAUUCCGAUGAAUCAGACGCACAACCAUCAGCUCUCAACUCUGAGGCUGAGUUCGACCUCACCUUCUCCUCUCGAGUCCUUACCUUCUUCAACACGUGCACGGUUGGCGACCUCGUCGACAUUGCUUCUCUGUCCACAACUUUGGCAGAACAUCUUGUUGCUCAGAGACCUUUCAAAUCCCUCAGCAACGUUCAACAAGUCCAAGAUCCAAAUCUGAAGCCUACAAAAGGCAAGAGAAAGACCGCCCCAAUCGGCGAGAGAAUUGUUGACAAGGUCGAGGACAUGCUGAACGGCUACGAGGCUGUUGAUUUCCUGGUCAAAAAAUGUCAGACCUUGGCCAAGCCUCUGGCACAAGCAAUGAAGACAUGGGGUAUAGAUUUGUUCGGCUCAACCACACCCCCUGGCGAGCUAGAUUUGGUCUCUCUGCACGAAACUCGACGAUCCCAUGAUUCUGGGAUCGGAACUCCCAUGAGCGAAGAGGACUCGGAUCUCAUUCAGCGCAAGCCAUCAAACUACAUCGAACAACCUGCCAUUAUGUCUUCCGAGAUCAAGAUGAAAGACUAUCAGGUCGUUGGGAUCAAUUGGUUGAACUUGUUGUACAGAAAUGGUCUGAGUUGCAUUCUGGCAGAUGACAUGGGUCUCGGCAAAACUUGUCAGGUCAUUGCCUUCCUGGCGUAUCUAUUCGAAAGAGGCCGAAAAGGUCCACACCUUGUGGUCGUUCCAGCUGCCACUCUGGAAAACUGGCUGAAAGAGUUCAAGCGUUUUUGCCCAACCUUGACGGUUGCCGCCUACUAUUCAACCGUCCCUGGAGAGCGCGGUGUGAUGCGAGACAACUUGGACAGUGCUCGAGAGGAGACCAAUGUCAUUGUCACAACUUACACUCUAGCCAAAGGCAAAGAAGAUGCGCCCUGGCUGCGAAACUAUGGCUUCGAUUGCACCAUCUAUGAUGAAGGCCACGUCUUGAAGAAUGCUCAAUCUCAAGUCUCUCAGAAGUUGGUCAGGAUAAAGUCGAAUUUUCGCUUAUUGUUGACGGGAACGCCACUACAGAAUAAUCUCAAAGAACUCACCAGUCUCUUAGGCUUCCUCAUGCCUUCAGUAUUCAAGGAGAAAGAAGAAGAUUUGCAGAUGAUCUUCUCCCACACGAUCAAGGCCAUGGGGACCAACCAUGAAGCACUAUUGUCUGCCCAGCGUAUCAGCCGAGCAAGGAGCAUGCUUACCCCGUUCAUACUGAGACGAAAGAAGGCUCAGGUCUUGAAGGACCUACCAAAGAAAGAGCGCCGUGUUGAGUUCUGUGAAAUGUCACCAGAACAGACUGAAAUAUACCAGUCGUGGCUUGACAAAGCACAGGACAUCCAGGAUCGCCGAAGUCGAGGCGAGAACAUGACACAAGAGUCCACCAACUUGCUCAUGAAGCUGAGACAGGCUGCCAUACAUCCCAUCCUAUUUCGCCGUCAAUAUCCAGAUCAGAUUCUCCCCAAGAUUGCCAAACAAUGCCUCAAGGUCGAUAUCUGGCGGGAAUCUAACCCGCAGCUCAUUGUCACCGAAUUGCAAGCGUAUUCAGACAUGGAAAUCCAUACUUUAUGCAAUCAGCACCAACAACUUGAACACUUUGCAUUCAACAAUGGCGAGUGGCUUGCUAGUGGCAAGGUUCAGAAAAUGCUGGAACUCCUUCGGAAAUACAUGUCUGAAGGACAUCGAACUCUGAUCUUUAGUCAAUUCGUCAUGGUCCUCGACAUUCUCGAGCUUGUUUUCGAGCGUGAGGCCAUUGACUAUUUCAGACUCGAUGGUACUACUAAGGUUUCAGAGCGACAAGACCUGAUUGAUGAGUUUUCCGCUGACGACAAUCACACUCCUGUCUUCAUGUUGAGCACCAAAGCUGGCGGAGCUGGAAUAAAUCUUGCCAAGGCCAACAAAGUGAUUGUCUUCGACAGCGGCUUCAACCCGCAAGAUGACAUUCAGGCUGAAAAUCGAGCGCAUCGAAUCGGUCAGCAGAAAGAGGUUGAAGUUGUGAGGCUGGUCUCUCGAGGCACUGUCGAAGAGCAGAUCCAUUCCAUGGGUCUUGCCAAGCUCAAGCUCGAUGAACAGGUGGCAGGUGAUGGUACCGAGGAACCCACCAAUACCUCAGACGACAAGGGCGAAACGAAAGAAGAGGAAGAGGGGAGGAUGGCUGUCGAGCAACUCUUCUUCGACAGACUCAAAACCGUUCCAUUGGCCGAGAUCAAAGCUGAGAUUACCAGUCCCGAGAAAGCUGUGAAAAGGCCAGGCAGUGUCGGAAAGGGGACAGUCAAAGGCAAGUCAGAAGAUGGCAAUCCAGCAAUGCCUCAUAGGAGGAACUCAAGUGUCGAGUUACCAUCUCGGACGAAGAAGAGUCGAGGAAGGAUUUCGAAGCGGGGCUAA